AUGGGAUGUGGUUUAUCUUCAUUCAAAAGAGAUAAUAGUAAUAAUAACUCUGUUCCUACAAAUAAUGGUAAAGAAGCUCUAAAGGGUAAAUCUACUAGUAAAGGUGGAAAUUAUGGUAAUGAAAAUAAUAUAAAUAAUAGUAAUAAUAAUAUAAGCAGUUUAAAUACAAGUAAUGGUAAUAAUAAAUUAAAUACUAGCAGUGCAAAUAAUAAUAAUAGAACAGGCGUGGGUGAACAGAGUAAUGGUAAUAAUAAUAUAAAUAAUAGCAAUAAUAUAACAAAUCUAAAUAGUAGCAAUAAUGUUUCUGAAAGGAAAAACUCUGUAAAUCAACCAAAUAAUAAUUUAACUUCUUCUAAUAAUAACAAUAAUAAUAAUAAUAAUAGUAAUAAUGGCAAUAUUGGGCAUAGUAAAUCACUCUCUCAAUCUGCAACAAAUAAUAAUAAUAAUAUGAGUAUGACUUCACCAUCAUUUAAACCAAAUAGUUCGCCAAUUUUAAAUACAAGUAGUGUUGAACAAACUGCAGCAGCUCAACAAUCCCAACAAUCACAACAACCACAACAACGUCGUACUUCUGUUUCUAUUAACGGAUCUAAACCACAACAACCAUUGUCACCAAAUCAAACAUGUACAAAUAGCCAAACACAAACACAAACACAAUCACAAACUCUAUCACAAUCACAAACUCAAACCCAAACAACCCAACAAUCAACACAAAAUCUUCAAGAUUCGAAAAUUGUAGAUAAUAAUAACCAAGCUAAAAAAUCGGACUCUUUUAAUAAUAAUUUAUCAAAUAGUAAUAUAAAUAACAGUUUAAAUAAUAGCACACUUAACAAUAUGAAUAUUUCAAAUAAUAAUAAUAAUAGUAAUUUAAAUAAUGGAAAUAAUCCACAAAAUAGCAUUUUAAAUAAUAAUAGUAAUAAUAUCAUUACUUUAGCUGGCAAUGAUAUUAAUAAUCCAUUCCCAGGUUCUGUUGCAAUAUUAAAAAAUGGUGUUUGGUAUACUGAAUCAGAGCUUUUAGAAGAGAAUUACGUUUGGACACCAAAAUAUUGGACUCCGGAUAGAAUUGGAAAAUGGGUUGACGACAUUGAGUUUUCAGAAAAUUUAACAAAUCCACAAAAUCAACAAUCCCAACAACAACAAACCCAACAACAAACAGCUCCACAAUCACCACCACAACAAAAUGCUCAACCAAGUUCAUCUUUAGCUUCAAAUCAAACUAUUAAUACGACAAUUCUUUCAACCACACCAACUAACUCUGGUGCUACUGGGGUAACGAAUAAAAAUAAUACUGAAAAUCCAAUUUCUAUAUAAAACAAACAGUUUAUAAUUUUAAUAUUAUUAAAUAAAAAUAAAAACAUAAAAAAAAAAAAAAAAAAAAAAAAAAGCACCCAUAGUUAUGGAUAGGUGCGACUUAAUUAUUUAUAGAAUAUUCAUUAGGAUAUAAAACCAAUAAAGAAAGGGUUCUAAGAAAUAGAUCACGUUUAUUUUAAUGUUUUAUUUCC